AUGAGGUUGAAGCAGGAGCAUAGUGUGAGUUCCACCUUCCCAGCGACCGUCCCAACCGACAGACCCCACCGACCGUCCCAACCGACCGACCCGACCGACCGACCGACCCGACCGACCGACCAACCCGACCGACUGACCCGACCGAGCGACCCGACCCGACCGACCGACCCGACCGACCCGACGCGACCGACCGACCCGACCGACCGACCGACCCGACCGACCCGACCCACCGACCGACCAAACGACCCGACCGACUCCGACCCGCCCGACCCGACCCGACCGACCGACCGACCGACCGACCGACCGACCGACCGACCGACCGACCAACCAACCAACCAACCAACCAACCAACCAACCAACCAACCAACCAACCAACCAACCAACCAACCAACCAACCAACCAACCCAACCAACCAACCCAACGACCAACCAAACCAAACCAACCAACCAACCCAACCAACCAACCAACACCCCAACCAAACAACCAAUCCAACCAACCAACCCAACCAACCAACCAACCAACCCAACCCAACCCAACCGACCGACCGACCGACCGACCGACCGACCGACCGAC